AUGAACUGGACGCACCAUUUCCACAACUAUCACCGCAUCAGAAAUGCCACGCCGCCGACAGCCAACAAGACCUGGCUGCCACUCGAGAAGUCCCCCCUCUCCGCGCAGCCUCUCAUUGCUUCCGCUAUUACCUCUCCCCGCCGCCACCAUGGUGCUCCCGCUCCAGCACUUCAGCACACAGGUACUUGGAACUCCGGAACUAAGAAACCUGCGGCUGAGCGUGCUGAACCUGCGAGCGACAACAUGAAUGCCCGAUGUGUAUCUGACGACCUAGUUUAUCACCAAGAUGUUGACGUUGAACGCUUGAGUGUUCUACAUCAUUGUGAAUCGGUGGAUGGAGAGGUAGACAAUGAGGGCGUUGAACCGGAAGAGGGGAAAGAAUACUGGGGUGGUUCGGGGAAUGAACUAUUUUUCGCUCUGAUUUCAAGCUCCGGUCUCCAUCGGUCGUACAUCCUGGAUUCAUCUUUUUAUUACUCUACCCAGUAUCCCCGUCUCCCUUACCACGCUAUCCCCGCCACCAUACACUAG